AUGCCGGGUAAAUCAACUCCGAGGAUCCCGAAAAAUUACGAGAUCGCUCCUGGAGUACUACGAUUCUCCAGCACGCGGUUGGCGUUGCCCAAGGUCGGUGCCACCAAGGUGAAGAAGGUUGGCGGCUCGAAGAAUGGCGGAGAACGCAAAGUCGUCGAAAACAAGGGCCCCCGACUCUUCCCCCAAAUCCGACAGUCCGCUGCCGUCGAAGGAGGCGACCUCGCCAAGACCAAGCUGCGCAAGACUAUCACCCCCGGCACUGUCCUGAUCAUCCUUGCCGGCAAGCACAAGGGAAAGCGCGUCGUCUUCCUCAAGCAGCUCGCCAAGUCUGGCCUCCUGCUCGUCACUGGGCCCAUGCGGUUGAACAACACGCCACUGAGGAGGAUCGCUCAGGCUUUCGUUAUCGCCACAAAGACCAAGAUCGACGUUUCUGGUGUCAAGUUGCCCGCUAACCUCGAUGAUGCCUACUUCCGUCGCGUCAAGAGCAAGACCCGCAAGACCAAGGAGGGAGAGAACAUUUUCGCCAGCGGCAAGCAAGAGUACGAGGUUGCCGAUCAGCGUAAGGCCGACCAGAAGACUGUUGAUACCGCCAUUCUCGCCGCUUUGAAGAAGAACCCCGACUACAAAUUCCUCCGAGGCUACUUGGGAUCCCGAUUUUCCAUUCAGAAGGGACAGUUCCCCCACAAGCUGGUUUUC